GGGUAGCAACACCGUUUAAAAAACUUCGUUGAGUGGUAGAAUUGCCAGUUUUGGGCGCUUCAUUGAUGAAACACUGCCUUCCACUCCUCUGCGUGCAGUUUUCCUUUCUCCCCCCUCCUCCAUUCUCACCGCUGUUGUUUUAUCGGCGUAUGUGCUGUGGGAAACGUUUUUCCUUCUUGUUGUUGCUACGGGAGUUUCCCAUUCAUUUGCACGCGAAUUGCCUGGUGCCGCUGACGACUUGUUCAUCCCUAACUGUUAUACACACACACACACCCACUCGGAGCUGCCCACGCAGUUCGUUCUAACCGAUAUUGUUUUCUGACGGGGAAAAAGCGACAACACAAAAUCCACCGCUUUUUGCACCUUCUAACAUCGAACACUGCGUGUCUAUCCUGGUGCUGUGGUUUUGAGUGUGUACGGACAACGGGCAGGCAACACGUUCCCUUUCUUCUCAUAUGCUAUCCACCGAUCAUGGCUUCAGCACUUCGGUAAAGCGCAGUGGCCACGCUGCCUGUUGGUGUGCGGCCUUGGGCGGCAUCGUGCAGUUCGGCGGCUGGCCUCCCAGCGAGCAGCUCAGCGACGUCGUCCGUCAUGAGGGUUCGAACUGUCCGCUCUUUUACAUGCCGGUGACCACCGUCGCACGACAUCUGCACCGCGCCGAUCAGCGGCGUCGCGUGGACAGCCUGGAGGCGGCACUGGCGCACCACCGUCAGUACCGCCUGCGGGAGCUUCUAAACUUGGCCUCCGAUAGCACACCGGGAACACCACAGACGAUUUCCGUGGAAGAUGGAUUGCCCGUGGUGGGCGAGGGAGUGGCUGCCACGGCGCCGUUGUCACCCCCGCCAAGUGCGCUUUCGAUGACGACGGAGGAGGCGAGUGAGCGCGGUUUUGUCUACGACGAAGGCUACGUCAGCGACGUCGCCGAGAGCGAGGGCGACGCUUCUGAGAGCGUCUCGAGUGCUUUCUCUUCCACUGACAGCGCGCCCCACAGAAUGCGUGACGCAGCGCACGAUGCCGCCCCCGCACAGCCGACGCAGUCACCGCACCUCUCCGCACUCGAGGCCCCCGCACCUCCACCGAAUGUGACCACCCCAACGAUCACCGUGGAGCUGCUGCGGCAAGUGACCGAAGAAACGGAGGACCGACGAACCGAUCGAGCCGCCGCCGCGUCCACCAUCACCGCAUCGCACGGUGGGACCACCCUCAGCCGCGGCACCCAGACUGGCCCCGCCAUCUCCUCCACACUUCACAGUCUCGUCAAGAGCGGUCUCCCAGCGGUCAAUCGCGAGGCCCCGCCGCGGCAGCGCGACACGCAGGAGGUAUUAGGCAAGUACACGGUGCGGCCCUUACGCUGGCACCAAAUUUGCCCCCCCGUCGCGCCCCGCACCCGUCACGGACACCACCUCGUCUCCUGCGGUGACCGCCUCUACGUGAUUGGCGGCAGCUACUGGGCUCACGGCAACGCGCUGGCGUCGACAGACAUGGUGUACGAUACGCGGAAGAAGACGUGGCAGCAGGUGCCGUCUUUGUUUUCGCCGCGCUUUUGCGCCGCGCUGGCGAGGAGCAACGCGGUUCCCACCGCGAAGGGGGCGCUGGCUUCGACGGCCCCGACGGACGCAUCGGGAGAGCCGCCGGUGUGCGAGGAGCAAGUUCUCUACUACUUUGGCGGCCUCAACUACUCCCGCGAGCUCACCAACACGCUUUACCGCUUGUGGCUUCCACAGGGGGCGCUCGAGGAGCUGCCGCAAUACGGCGCGGCUCCACGGGAGCAGUUCAAGGGCAUUCUGGUGUGCGACAUACAGCGCGAGUGCAGCCCGGCGGAGCGCAAGCGGGGUGAGCGGGCGGUCGGGCACCUUUUCUACAUGGAUGGGAUGCAGAACGGACGACCGAUGGCGCCGUACCUGCGUGUGUACAACGUCGCCACGGGUAUUUGGGUGCGCGUGUGUCCCUCGCCGGACCUCGUACGGAGCCAGGUCUCCUUGCUGCAGUACGAAGCCGUGGCGGACGGCAACACAUACGCGGUGGAGACUGCCGCAGUCCGCCCGACGCGACUAAAAAGGUUUGAGGUGGUUGGUGGUAUGCCGUCUCGCCGUGGCAAGCAGCGCCGCUCUGGCAUGUGCUACUCCUUCGACGCGGCGCAGCAGCGGUUCGACUACUCACACGCGCUGCCCGUCCCGGGACUCACCGCGCACUGCACCAUCCCGCUGCCCGCCCUGUCGGAGGAGGAUGUGCACACCAAUUCUGGCAACGCUACGGCAGCUGCCGAGGUGCAUCUUCACCUCCUCGCGGACGGCGUCACCAGCGUUGCGGCGUACCGGGCGGCCCUGGCGUUGCUGCGUGAGAAGUACGGUGUGUGGUCGGUCUGCUGCGGCGGCAACGAAGACGGAAGCGAUGCAGAGCAGAACAGCCUGGGUGUGCCGGUGGGCUGGCUCUACCUCUUUGCCCCUCGCACCAUCCCGCUAAGUGAAGUCGCGCGAGUGCAGAUCGACGGUCUACGCAUUCCGAUGACCGCACUCAGCGCGCAAAAAGAUGAGCUGCUGGAUGAGCUUUUCUGA